AUCUCGCUCGCCUCCUCCACGCUUUUUUCCUUCCAUUCCUCCCUCCCCGCUGCCCCAAUAAAUAAUAAAAACCCAACCCCCACGCCGAAUUCCUUCGCUCGAUUCGAUUUCCUCGCCAAUUCACGGGGGCCGCUAGUGCCGGGGGCGCGAUCGGCGGUGAGAUUCGUCGCCGGGCGGAAAUGGUUGCCGUGGCGGCCGAGGGCCCGAUCCGCGCCGACGCCGUGCCGGCGGCGGCGGCCGGGGCGGGCGCGGAGAGGGCCGAUGCGGCGGCCGCGGGAGGCGCCGCGGCGGCCAAGGCCAGGGAGGACGAGGUCAGGGAGUACAAGAGUGACGUCAGGAAGCUCGAGGAGCUGUUCAAGAAGCUGAACCCCUCCGCGGAGGAGUUCGUGCCGCUCUCCCGCCGCCAGGGGGACGGCGCCCGCCGCCUGUCGGCAGACGCGCCCGUCUUCGUCUCGCCCGCGAUCGACUACUACGCGCCCCACCACCCGUUCCAGCAUCAGCAGAUGCACGUGCUGCAGGUGGUCGGUGGCGGAGGCGGAGGGGGCAGGGACUCCAGCAGCGACGGAUCCGCCAACGGCCAGCCGAAUCGACGGAGAAGGAAUGGCUUCAACCAGGGGAGACGUAGGAUGGGAGUUCGGCCCCGGCGAACUGAUAGGGAGGAUAGUGUACGGCGAACUGUCUAUGUCUCAGACAUUGAUCAACAUGUCACUGAACAGAAACUUGCUGAGGUUUUCUCAAACUGUGGUCAAGUGGUAGAUUGCCGUAUCUGUGGUGAUCCAAACUCAGUGAUGCGUUUUGCUUUUAUCGAGUUCGCUGAUGAUGUCGGUGCAAGAGCAGCUUUAACGCUUGGUGGAACCAUUCUUGGUUUUUAUCCUGUCAGAGUUCUGCCAUCUAAGACUGCUAUUUUGCCUGUGAACCCCAAAUUUCUUCCUCGAACGGAGGAUGAGAAAGAAAUGGUAUCAAGGACUGUGUACUGUACUAACAUUGACAAAAAUGUUCCAGAGGAUUUUGUGAAGAAUUUCUUUGAGGGAAUUUGUGGGGAGGUUGCUCGACUGAGGCUGCUCGGUGAUUAUGUGCAUGCCACAUGCAUUGCCUUUGUUGAGUUUGUUCAGGCAGAAGGAGCAAUUUUGGCCCUGAACUGCAGUGGCAUGCUUCUUGGCUCGCUUCCUGUCAGGGUGAGCCCAUCCAAGACCCCAGUGCGUCCCCGUUCGCCUCGUGCGAUGUCGCACUGAACCUGUCUCUCGUCUGAAGCCGGCGUCCAGGGCAGCAAUUCCGGGCAACAAACCCCUAGUCGUGGCCUUAGAGACUGUUGCGUCGCGGAUCAGUAACUGUCGUUGAAGAGAGUGAGUGUUACCGUUUUGGUUAUCUAGGCUAGAAGAAGGCCCUUCCUUGCUGAUCAGAUGAGAGACCCAUCUGUAUGUUCUUCGCUGGGAGCUCUAUUUUCACUUCUUCUUUUUUUGCUAUAUCCUUAUUAAUCCGUUUGUUAAUUAUGGAUGGAUGCUGUAGCUGCCUUCGACAGGCAUUGGAACAAUAAUGUCUAUGGCUUGUCCUAUUUCGGACUUCAUUCUCA